AUGCCAGAGGAAGCUGGAAAAGCGGAUAACAUUAGGGAUAUCAAACGAGUCAUCAAACGCACGAAGAGAGGAAGCCGUGCGGCCGGUUCCACACUUCUCCUCAACCUGGUGACUGAGAAAGAGCCGCAGGUCCGUAAACUGAUAAGGAAAUGCUUCGUGAAAAUGCAACACCUGCUCCCCAAACUGGAGGAGUUGCUGAAAGCAAUGGGGAAAGAAGUUUCUGAUCUGAUCGAAUCGUUCAAAGCCAUGAAGGUUUCCUUGGAACUACCUGCUCAUCUGAAAGGUGUUUCCAGAAAUAUCUGUUUGGGGGAAGUUAUCUAUCUCAGACUCGCCGGGCGGCCGGGGUUUGUAUCAGUUUGUUUCUUACUCUGUCUGUUUGUGUUUAGACUGGGAGACAACGACCUGGGAGAUUCCGGAGUGAAACUGGUGUCUGCGGCUCUGAGGAACCCGGACUGUAAAAUACAGACACUACGGCUGCAACGUGUCGGUCUCACAGAUUCUGGAGCCGAGGACCUCGCCUCCGUUCUCAGUACAAACCACACGGUGACGUGGCUGGACCUAUGUGGGAAUAAACUGGGAGAUUCCGGAGUGAAACUGGUGUCUGCGGCUCUGAGGCACCCGGACUGUAAAAUACAGACACUGAGGCUGGACAGUGUCGGUCUCACAGAUUCUGGAGCCGAGGAUCUCGUCUCCGCUAUCAGUACAAACCACACGGUGACGUGGCUGGACAUAAGUGGGAAUAAACUGGGAAAUUCCGGAGUGAAACUGGUGUCUGCGGCUCUGAGUAACCCGGACUGUAAAAUACACACACUGGGGCUGCAACGUGUCGGUCUCACAGAUUCUGGAGCCGAGGAUCUCGUCUCCGCUCUCAGUACAAACCACACGGUGACGUGGCUGGACCUAAGUGGGAAUAAACGGGGAAAUUCCGGAGUGAAACUGGUGUCUGCGGCCCUGAGGCACCCGCACUGUAAAAUACAGAGACUGGGGCUGCAACGUGUCGGUCUCACAGAUUCUGGAGCCGAGGAUCUCGUCUCCGCUCUCAGUACAAACCACACGGUUACGUGGCUGGACCUAAGUGGGAAUAAACUGGGAAAUUCCGGAGUGAAACUGGUGUCUGCGGCUCUGUGGAACCCGGACUGUAAAAUACAGAGACUGUGGCUGCAACGUGUCGGUCUCACAGAUUCUGGAGUCGAGGAUCUCGUCUCCGCUCUCAGUACAAACCACACGGUGACGUGGCUGGACCUAAGUGGGAAUAAACUGGGAAAUUCCGGAGUGAAACUGGUGUCUGCGGCUCUGAGGCACCCGGACUGUAAAAUACAGAUACUGGGGCUGCAACGUGUUGGUCUCACAGAUUCUGGAGCCGAGGAUCUCGUCUCCGCUCUCAGUACAAACCAUACGGUGACGUGGCUGGACCUAAGUGGGAAUAAACUGGGAAAUUCCGGAGUGAAACUGGUGUCUGCAGCUCUGAGGAACACGGACUGUAAAAUACAGAGACUGGGGCUGGGCAGUGUCGGUCUCACAGAUUCUGGAGCCGAGGAUCUCGUCUCCACUCUCAGUACAAAGCCCUCACUGACGAAGCUGUACCUGACACACAACUCCCUCACAGACCGAUGUGUCCCCGCUCUCCGCCGCCUCAUACUGAACCUCCCGAGUCUGGAGCUGAUCGGGUUGAGGGUGAAUAAGUUCAGUGCGACUGGGAAGAAGGAACUGAGGUCGCUGCAGGAAUCCAGACCCGGACUGAGAGUGGACGUGUGAACAUCUCUGGGUGUAAACGUCACCGCCCUGGGGACCGGAAUAUUGUUGGCCGAUUCCCCGCGCUCCCCUUUAAACGGCCGCCCUCCCCUUUAAACCCCAACGCUUCCCGGGCCGGCCGGGCGGUGACAUCAGAGGCGACCCUGCCCGCUGUCACGUGACACGGGUACGCGUUGAUG